AUGCCGGGAGCACAGGCGCCUAUUUCUAACGAAACGCCAGACGAGAACAAGAUUGUUCGGCUUCAUAUAACACCCCUCAGGCCCGAGCUGCUCAAGGUCUAUCUCGCGCCCUCUGUUCUGCCCUCCGCGCAGAACAUCUCCUAUCACACGGUCGAGACGUUUCCCGAGAAAGCGUUCGGAUACGUUGAGCUGCCAGAAAAGGACGCGCAGAAGCUCAAGCAGAAGUUGAACGGAACAACACUGAGAGGAUCCAAAGUGCGCAUAGAAAUGGCGAAACCAGAGAAGCGCAAGGUUCGAGAGGAAGCCGACGCGGUCAAGGAGAAGGCCGAGGCUGACAGACCGACAAAACGUGUGAAGAAAGAAAAGAGGAAGAAGGAGCUAGACGUACUGGAGGGCAUCGAGUUACCAGAUGACAGGAAGGUCAAGCGUGGAUGGACCGAGCCGCCAUCGAAGAACAAGAAGGAGAGGAAAGAGAAGACGGAUAAGAAAGACAAGAAAGAUAAAGAUGCAGUACGCGAGCAGAAGCACUCGAAAUACACCAAAGAGCCAGAAGUGUUAUUUAAGGCAAAGCUGACACCGGUUGCUGCUACGGAGCUCGCGCUAAAGGAGAAGAACAAGGAAAAGAAGAAGGAGAAGAAGGAGAAAAACAAGUCGAAAUCGAGAGAGGUGGUUAUCCACGAAUUCGAGAAAAACUCCAAGACGCCGAGCUUUCUAAAAGAAACCAAGGUCUCAACCGAAAAGAAGCCCGCAGUAGAUUACAUCAAUGGUGUGGGAUGGGUGGAUGAAGAUGGUACGGUCGUGGAGCCGGAGACUGGAAGGGCGAAACAAGUGAGGGCACUACAGCUGGUCGAUAGACCUACGGAAUCUCAGAAAGCCUGGAUCGACGGGUUGGCAUUGCCAAAGACAUCCGUGUCUAAGACCACGAAAAGCAAGAAAGAGAAGAAAGCCACCCCGCCGCCGGAAUCAUCAUCUGAAGAAGAGGACGACUCGUCUGUGGUAUCAUCAUCCUCGGAAGAUGACUCGUCCGAAUCUGAAUCAGGAACCGAGUCCGAAGCCGAAUCUUCUGCAUCUUCUCCUCCUCAGAAAACCACCCGCACAAGGACCCCCGAAACCCCCAAGGUUCCUACAUCGGAAGAGAAGGAUGUCCAUCCACUCGAAGCAUUGUUCAAGCGUGCAAAACCUACACCGGACGCCCCAUCCACUCCAGCGAAGAAACUCACGCCCAUCAAUACCUCCUUUAACUUCUUCGACAGCAACGAAGACGCCAUGGAGGUCAACGGUGAACCAAUUGAGAAUGUGCCCGCAACGCCAUUUACCCAACAAGACCUUGAGUGGAGGGAACUCAGGAGCGCCGCACCAACCCCUGACACAGCUGCUAUAGACCGGCACUUCUCCUUUGACUGGCGCAAGGGCAGCCAGGAGGCAGACGAUGACGACGAGAUGGAGGACGUCGAUUCGGACGCGGAGCAUCAGUUGUCCAAGAAUACCAAAGCCAAUGCCUUGGCCAAACACUUGCCAGGCGUCACUGAGGAGGACGAAAAUGAGGAUAUAGAAGCCGGAGCAGACCGACAAUCCACUGAGGUUGAGGAGCAGCCGGAAAGCGAGUUCCGCAAGUGGUUUUGGGAAAAUAGGGGCGACCUUAACCGUGCGUGGAAGAAGCGGAGAAGAGAUGCCUUGAAGACCAAACGCCAUAAUGAGAAUAGGAAGAUGACAGGUGGGCGUAGGGUGGGCUGA